AUGUCUUUUUUAUUUAGAAAAUCUUUAUCAAAGGAUGAGGAGCAACCUAUCGAUGUUGAUGAUUCAAAUAAUCAAAAAUCGAUAAAUGAGAAAUCAGAGGCACACUUGGAUGAUAAUCCUGAGUUACUGGAGAAGGCAAUUGAAGAUAUAGACUCAAAAGAAGAUUUGACAGAUGAUAAGAAUCUUGAAUCGCAAAAAAAGGUGCUCAAAACAAGGACAUCAUUUUUGAAAAAUUUAGUUGGAAGUUCAAGUCGAAAUACGUCAUCGUCAUCAUUAGUGUCAUCAUCUAGCUCAACUAGUCUGCUGGGCGGACUACCUCCAUUACCACCGAUUAUACUUAAUGGAUAUAAACCAAAUUCAAAACACAGAUUGAUAGAUCAAGAAUUAGCAAAUAAUAUACGGAAUUUAUUACCAGCAAGAUUACAAUUGUUUGAUUCAUGGGAUCUAGUAUACUCUUUAAACCAACAUGGAAUAUCAUUAAAUACAUUAUACAGAAAUUCAAGACCAGAGCAUCAAUUAGCAGAAUAUCAUAAAAGAAAAAAAUUUGAGAAAGGAUAUGGUGAAUCAAUAGUUAAUAAAAUGAUGGUGACUAAUAAUACUUCAAAGUAUACAUCAAUACAACCAAAGCGGCCACAAGGUUAUGUUUUGAUAAUAAAAGAUGAAAAUAAUUCAAAAUUCGGAGCUUUUUUAAACGAAAAUCUAAAGCCAAUGGAUCAUAAAAGAUAUUAUGGAAAUGGUGAAUGUUUUUUAUGGAAAUGUGAAAGGUAUGAUCCUUCUAAAUUGAAUCAUAAUAAGGUAGAAACGUCUAAAAAUACAAGUAAACACAGUAAGCAUGAAACUAGAUUUAAAGCUUUCAUGUACACUGGUAUCAAUGAUAACAUUAUUUAUUCGAAUCAUGAUUUUAUUGCUAUUGGUUCAUCUCAGGGUCAAAAUGGAUUGUUUAUUGAUAAAUCAUUAUGUAAAGGUGUCAGUUAUGCAUGUGAGACUUUUGGAAAUGAAGCAUUAAAUUCUAUUGAAGGACAAGACACAAAAUUUGGUCUGUUCAAAAUUUUAAAUCUAGAAGUAUGGAGAAUCGGAAGCCUUGAAUAA